UUUUUUUAAUUUUUUUUAUAGAAAUAAAUUAUAAAAAUUUAUAAAAAUAUAUAAAUACCUAAUAUCUUAUAUAAUCUUAUGGUAUCAAGGAUGGUUAAAUUAGGUUACAUACUUUCAUUUCUAUCUGGAGUUUGCGCAUCAUUAGUAUCGGUUUUUAGCAAAUUAACGUUUGGUGAGUAUGAGAUAGCUGAAGUGCUUUGCAGGGUGGAACUUAUUGAAAGAUUUGUUGGAUUUUUUAAUUUAAAUUGUAUCACUAUUGAUGUUCCGUUCAGGGUUUUAAUGUUUGGGUUUGUAUUGCUAUGCAACUUGGUAAUGUGGGCAUUGUUUAUGUUUUCGCUAUCAAUGUCAAAUUCUACUGUUGAAGUUACUGUUAUAAACUCAUCUGCUAAUUUCAUAACUUCAGGCUUAUUUGGAAUGGCUUUUUUUCGCGAAGCUUUUUCAAUAACUUGGGUGGUUGGUUUAUUUUUUAUUUGCUCUGGAUUAGUACUCAUUCAUAGGUCGCAAAACAAGGAAGAACACGAAAAAGUUGAGUAAUAACAAAUGAAAAAACUUAUUCUUUUUUU